AGUGCGCAGGCGCAGCGGCGACGGCGUCGGCGGCAGCGGCGGCAGCGGCCCCGGCCGAGGUGCGCGCUGGGGGGGAGGGGGGGCCGGAGAGGAGCAUGAAUGGAGCAAAAUGGCGGAUCAUGUGCAGAGCCUGGCCCAACUAGAGAAUCUGUGCAAACAGCUGUAUGAAACCACAGACACAACCACUCGACUCCAGGCAGAGAAAGCCUUGGUUGAAUUUACCAACAGCCCCGAUUGCCUGAGCAAGUGCCAGCUACUCCUCGAAAGAGGAAGUUCCUCUUACUCCCAGUUACUGGCAGCUACAUGCCUUACCAAGCUUGUAUCACGCACAAACAACCCCCUACCAUUGGAACAGCGAAUAGAUAUUCGGAACUAUGUGCUCAACUACCUUGCCACUCGGCCGAAGUUGGCUACUUUCGUGACACAAGCACUUAUUCAGUUAUAUGCCAGAAUCACAAAACUGGGCUGGUUUGACUGUCAGAAGGAUGACUAUGUCUUCAGAAAUGCAAUCACAGAUGUCACAAGGUUUUUACAGGAUAGUGUUGAAUACUGCAUCAUUGGUGUCACAAUUUUAUCUCAGCUAACCAAUGAAAUUAAUCAAGUAAGUGCUACAGCCUUCCUCAUUGAAGCAGACACCACCCAUCCUUUAACCAAACACAGAAAAAUAGCCUCUUCUUUUCGCGAUUCAUCAUUAUUUGAUAUCUUCACACUUUCCUGCAAUUUACUAAAACAGGCUUCAGGAAAGAAUCUAAACUUGAAUGAUGAAAGUCAGCAUGGCUUGCUCAUGCAACUGCUGAAGCUCACUCAUAACUGCCUCAACUUUGACUUCAUUGGCACUUCCACUGAUGAGUCCUCAGACGACCUGUGUACAGUGCAGAUUCCCACCAGCUGGAGAUCAGCCUUCUUAGAUUCUUCAACCCUGCAGCUGUUUUUUGACCUGUAUCAUUCCAUCCCUCCUUCAUUUUCACCUCUGGUAUUAUCCUGCUUGGUACAGAUUGCCUCAGUCAGAAGAUCCCUGUUUAACAAUGCAGAGAGGGCCAAGUUUCUCUCUCAUCUUGUUGAUGGUGUUAAACGAAUACUGGAAAACCCACAGAGUUUAUCAGACCCAAACAAUUACCAUGAGUUUUGCAGACUACUGGCCCGAUUGAAGAGUAACUAUCAACUGGGAGAAUUGGUAAAGGUGGAAAACUACCCUGAGGUCAUCCGAUUGAUAGCCAACUUCACAGUGACCAGCCUACAGCACUGGGAAUUUGCCCCAAAUAGUGUGCACUAUCUUCUGAGCCUGUGGCAGCGGCUGGCAGCCUCUGUACCGUAUGUCAAAGCCACAGAGCCCCACAUGCUGGAAACUUACACUCCUGAGGUCACCAAAGCCUACAUCACAUCCCGGUUGGAAUCUGUGCACAUCAUACUGAGAGAUGGCCUGGAAGAUCCCCUGGAGGAUACGGGGCUGGUCCAGCAGCAGUUGGACCAGCUGUCCACCAUUGGGCGUUGUGAGUAUGAGAAGACGUGUGCACUCCUUGUGCAGUUGUUUGACCAGUCGGCCCAGUCAUACCAGGAGCUGCUACAAAGUGCCAGCGCAAGCCCAAUGGACAUUGCAGUGCAGGAGGGAAGGCUGACAUGGCUGGUUUACAUUAUUGGAGCAGUGAUCGGUGGCCGGGUUUCCUUUGCCAGCACUGAUGAGCAAGACGCCAUGGAUGGUGAGCUUGUCUGUCGGGUGCUCCAGCUGAUGAACCUAACAGAUUCUCGUUUGGCCCAGGCGGGUAAUGAGAAGCUAGAGUUGGCCAUGCUGAGCUUUUUUGAACAGUUUCGUAAGAUCUACAUUGGGGACCAAGUGCAGAAAUCCUCUAAGCUGUACCGCCGACUCUCAGAAGUUCUGGGCUUGAAUGAUGAGACCAUGGUCCUAAGCGUCUUCAUAGGAAAAAUCAUCACCAACUUGAAGUACUGGGGCCGUUGUGAACCAAUCACCUCCAAGACACUACAGCUUCUCAAUGACCUCUCCAUUGGGUACAGUAGUGUAAGGAAGCUAGUGAAGCUUAGUGCGGUACAGUUCAUGCUGAACAAUCACACGAGCGAGCACUUUUCAUUUUUGGGUAUUAACAAUCAGUCCAACCUGACAGACAUGCGGUGUCGGACUACCUUCUACACAGCACUUGGGCGUCUCCUCAUGGUGGAUUUAGGAGAGGAUGAAGAUCAAUAUGAGCAGUUCAUGCUGCCACUCACAGCAGCGUUUGAGGCUGUGGCCCAGAUGUUUAGCACCAAUAGUUUCAACGAGCAGGAGGCAAAGCGAACUUUAGUUGGCCUAGUAAGAGACCUGAGAGGGAUCGCUUUCGCUUUCAAUGCCAAGACCAGCUUCAUGAUGCUCUUUGAAUGGAUAUAUCCAUCCUAUAUGCCAAUUCUCCAGCGGGCAAUUGAGCUCUGGUACCAUGAUGCAGCCUGUACUACACCUGUACUCAAGUUGAUGGCUGAAUUGGUUCAUAAUAGAUCCCAGCGACUCCAGUUUGAUGUCUCUUCCCCCAAUGGCAUCUUACUCUUCCGAGAAACCAGCAAGAUGAUAACAAUGUAUGGCAAUCGCAUCCUGACACUAGGAGAGGUCCCAAAGGAUCAGGUCUAUGCUCUGAAGCUCAAGGGCAUCUCCAUCUGCUUCUCCAUGCUGAAGGCUGCUCUCAGUGGGAGUUACGUCAAUUUCGGAGUCUUUCGUCUCUAUGGAGACGAUGCCCUGGACAAUGCUCUGCAGACCUUCAUCAAGCUGCUCCUCUCUAUUCCCCACAGUGAUCUCUUGGAUUACCCCAAGCUCAGCCAGUCUUAUUAUUCACUACUGGAAGUCCUGACCCAGGACCAUAUGAACUUUAUUGCAAGCCUGGAACCUCACGUCAUCAUGUAUAUUCUCUCUUCCAUUUCUGAAGGACUUACUGCACUUGACACCAUGGUAUGCACAGGCUGCUGCUCCUGCCUGGACCACAUUGUGACAUACCUCUUCAAGCAGCUGUCACGUAGCACCAAGAAGAGGACCACACCCCUGAACCAGGAGAGCGACCGCUUUCUGCACAUCAUGCAGCAGCAUCCAGAGAUGAUCCAGCAGAUGCUGUCCACGGUGCUGAACAUCAUCAUCUUUGAAGACUGUAGGAACCAGUGGUCUAUGUCCCGACCACUACUUGGCUUGAUAUUGCUUAAUGAAAAGUAUUUUUCUGACCUAAGGAACAGUAUCGUGAACAGCCAGCCACCAGAGAAGCAGCAGGCCAUGCACCUGUGUUUUGAGAACCUGAUGGAAGGCAUCGAGCGAAAUCUUCUUACGAAAAACAGAGACAGGUUCACCCAGAACCUGUCAGCAUUCCGUCGAGAAGUCAACGACUCGAUGAAGAAUUCCACUUAUGGCGUGAAUAGCAAUGACAUGAUGAGCUGACACCUCCUUGGACUCUACCUGUACAGAGCAGCGUCCCUUUGGUUUGGCCCAGAGGAGCGAACAAUUGCAAGGGAGAGGGCCUGGCUGUUCCUGGCUCUUUUCUCCAGGGGUGUGGGGAAAAUGGCAAAGGUCAACAAGCUACUUCCCCAGGGAAUAGGGGUGUGAGUGCACUCACUAGGGGGCAGGGCGCUGCUGGUUCCUGGGGGACUGGGUGGGAAGGGUGGUGGGAGGAGAUAAGAGACAUAAACUGAGACUCCAGCCUCUCCUCCUGGGGCCACCCAAGUGGGGAGAACCCCUAGUGUCCUGCCACAACCUGCCUUGUAUAAACAUGUACAUUUUUUCAUAACAUUUUGAACAAGGUUUAUAUUGACUCAAGUUUAAAAACAAAAAGUGUGACUGAAAAAUUUUUACAGAGUCUAGUGCACCAAUGCUGAUGUGAGGGGUUGUGUAUGCGAGUGACAAAAAUGUGUAUUCUGGUGGCCUGAAGCUUUACUGGACAAGGAUGUGUGAGAGUGCAGAGAUAUAUUUAGUGACACAGUAGAGAGGCAAAAAAAAAAAAAAAAAAAGCUAAAAUUCCAAAUGUAUAUUUUUUCGUAUUGCCCUGUCCUCACCCAGAAAUGAUCACUUCCUGUUACUGUAUUAACCCUUGUUAUUAGGAACUCUAAGCCAUGCCAGAACACCGUCCCUCCCCUUGGAACGCAUAGAUUCUGCCCUGGGUCCCUAGCCCCUUGCAGUGAUAAAUAACUCCAGCUAAAAGUGUUUGGUGUUCUUAUCUCCAUCCUCUUUCCUACUUUGCUUACCCUCAUCUUCAGACAGAUGCCUCUUGCUUUUAAAAGUUGGAUUUAACGACGUGUUGUAGGGGUUCUUGGUCUCUGUGAAGGCAGAGACCAGAGAGAAGGAAGUGAGCCCACUGCUCUCCUGCGGAACAAUGUGGGUGAGUCCACCAGAGGCCCUGCUGUGUGUGGCCAAUAAAUUUUAGUCUUCCCCAGCCCUCGAGGCAGUGUGUGUGGAUGUAUGCGUGUGGAUAUUUAUAUAUGUACCCUGCACUCAUGAAUGUAUGAACUGGAGGAAGUUACUACAGUGGAAGGGUUCUUAAUAACAAGGUCUACCUAGCAUGAAGUAUUUAACAUUCUCCCACCCCUUAAAAAAUAUACAUUUUUAUAAAAUGAAAACCAUAAUAAAUGUUUUGAAUAUUAAAAAAAGUAAUAACCUACAGAGGAAAAUUAAUGGAGAAAGCUAUUUGCCUUGUACUUUUUCCACAAUUGUUGCUGCUAGUUGUACACAUCUCUAGUUCAGCUCUUGCCCACGGGACACUCAUCAAUUAGGUUUUAUUUUUAUUUCUCUCCUCUACCCCCAGAAACAAGCCUGUUAAUUUUUUUUCCUUCUCCUCUGGCGACUGUGUGAUGAAUCCUUUCUUGCGUGAUCAGGUUGCGGAUAGACUUGUAAGGGUGUUUGCUGCAUACAGUGUAAGCAUUGUGACCGCCAAUAAACUUCAAUGGUUUCUACUGA